AAACAAUCUUCCUCUUCUACGCCUGGAGCGGAGACCUUACUUACCUAUACAAACAUUGUUUCCCUAAUAUAAGCCUUGCCAUCGGAACAGCUACUUGAAAUAUUUUCAUCAGAGCACUCUCAAUUCGAAACCACUCAUCUUGACCAUCUCAAACAUCCCCAAAAUCAAAUCCACAAAAUGUCGUCCUUCACACGAUCAUCCCCAGCCGGCUUGCCCCAAUCACCACGCGCAACCCGCCCAAUGCUGCUCCCCAUCGACACAUCCUGCUCCCCAGACUCAACCACACCAUACUCAUCCUCGGAGACACUCGCAAGCCAAUCACAAACACCCAUCACACGGCACCGCAGUGCUGAGUCGCUCAUCUUCGCCAAUGCCACCAUCCCUCUGAGCCCGGCGUCGUCCAUCUCCAACGAAUCCAACAGCGACACUCUGCUCGAGGGCCUGCGACCACGCCGGCGCAACGGCUUUGCGCGUUUCUUCUGCUGCUUUGGGCGCGAGGAGCGUGCACGGAGGCGCGUGAUGAUGGCCACGCAGUACGAGAAGGUUGGGGAGAAGGCGCACUGGACCGAGUACUAGUCUCAAUACCAGAGAGGGUAUUGGACUGAACACCAAGUCUCAAUCCCGAAAGAGGUUGUCUUCCUACAUUAUGAUACCAUCCAGCGGUGGCUGCGGACUCCGGCUUGUUUCACUUUCUUGUAACUAUUUUGAGGGCACUGCACUCUUGCUUCCGGCUACGGCCGACAAUUUCCUUUGUAUUCAUUCGAGCGCUGGCGUUGGAGGACCUGGCUUUACAUCUUGAAGUCAGAUGUUGGUACACCGUUGGAGUGACGCCAACAGUUGGAGUGUCGCCAACCAGGCUGCAAAUUUACAAAACUUUACACCUCACUACCUACCUCUACCCUGACUGAGUGUGAUUGGUCAAGCUUAGCCUACACUGACAUUCUAACACUGCUCUGAGGGAAGCUUGCACAUGUAAUUGUGUGUCGACAUAGCUGUCUUAGCUCGUUAGCUCGGGUGGACCGGCGAAAGUGCCGAGGUGCUGUCAGUCAUGUC